AUAAGGGCAGUGUCCGACUGUGCGAACAAGCCAUUCUAAAUCGCUUCUCAGUCUUAAAACUCAGAAAUGUCCUCCAAAUUCCUUUUCACCAGUGAAUCUGUGUCCGAGGGGCAUCCAGACAAAAUGUGCGAUCAAAUUUCUGACGCCGUUCUCGAUGCUCAUCUUAAGCAAGAUCCAAAUGCAAAGGUUGCUUGCGAGACCGUAACAAAAACUGGUAUGGUUAUGCUCUGCGGAGAAAUUACCUCCAAGGCUGUUGUUGACUAUCAAGUUCUCGUCCGUCGUGUCAUCGAAAAGAUUGGAUUCACCGACUCCAGCAUUGGAUUCGACCACAAGACCUGCAACGUGCUUGUUGCUCUUGAGCAACAAUCUCCAGAAAUUGCUGCCGGAGUUCACGUCAACAAGGACGGAGAAGAUGUCGGAGCAGGAGAUCAAGGAAUCAUGUUCGGAUAUGCAACCGACGAGACCGAAGAGACCAUGCCAUUGACUCUCAUUCUUUCCCACAAGAUCAACGCUGAGCUUCACAAGCUCCGCCGUAACGGAACUCUUCCAUGGGUCCGCCCAGACUCCAAGUCUCAAGUCACCAUUGAGUACGAGUCCCGCCACGGAGCAACCAUUCCACUCCGCGUUCACACUGUUGUGGUCUCUACCCAACACUCUCCAGAUGUUACUCUUGAGAAACUCCGCGAGACCAUCCUCGCUGAUGUUAUCAAGAAGGUCAUCCCAGCUUCUCUUUUGGACGAGUCUACUGUCUUCCACAUCAACCCAUGCGGAACCUUCAUCGUUGGAGGACCAAUGGGAGACGCAGGAGUCACCGGACGUAAGAUCAUCGUCGACACCUACGGAGGAUGGGGAGCUCACGGAGGAGGUGCUUUCUCUGGAAAGGACCCAACCAAGGUCGAUCGCUCUGCUGCCUACGCUGCCCGUUGGGUAGCCACCUCAUUGGUCAAGGCUGGACUUGCUAAGCGCGUCCUCGUCCAACUUUCCUACGCUAUUGGAAUCGCCAAGCCAAUCUCAGUUUUGGUCUAUGCUUUCGGAACUUCCCCACUCACCGACGAAGAGCUUCACCAGAUCGUCGAAGACUCCUUCGAUCUUACCCCAGGAAAAAUUAUCAAGGAGCUCGACCUCAAGAGACCAAUCUACGAGAAGACCGCCGAGAACGGUCACUUCGGUCACUCUGAGUUCCCAUGGGAGCAGCCAAAAGCUCUCAAGAUUUCUCCAGCACUUCUCGAGAAGGCCAAGGGAAACCCAAUCCCAGCCACAUCUGCUAUCGCUCACUAAUUUUUUUGCCUCGAGCGAGAAUCCGAACUUUAUGAAUGCAUUCACUUUGUUUCUUAAUCUAUCACGUCUAAAAUAACUCGAUGGCUACGUGACAAAUGCAAUAUUUUCUUCUUUCAAUUUUAACACAGACAUAGUUCACUUUCCCAUCGAUAAGAUCAUAUUAUGCUCUCUGUUACACCUGAAGACUCAUGUUUUUUUGCUUUUCUGUACAAAAUGUUAACCGUUUGGAUGAAUAAACCGGCAACGACAAAA